ACAAAAACCAAAGUGUUAAAACAGUUACCAGGAUUGUGUGUGGGACAAUUUCUUGUCUGGUUGCCUGGUAACCUCAUGGUGAUGUUUUUACACCUCAGUUUUUGUACUUGUUAAACAAACGAAAUAUAACGUGUUAAUUGGUGAGUUGAAGAAGUGCUAGUAGGCAGAUUGUGUUACCUUUGGACAGAGCUAGGCUAGCUGUUUCUUUCUGUUUCCAGUCUUGAUGUUAAGCUAAGCUAACCGGCUGCUGGCUCGAUGUUUAUAUUGAACAGAUCAGUCCGACCGUCAGUAGUAGGAAGGCCAGAGCGAUGGCAGAUUGUCCACUAAUCAAUCCAUCAUUUUUCGUUUCACACAUUUCAUCAGCUAUAAUGACCAACUUGUGUCUUAUUCGGGUUGUUGAAUGUUUUAAAUCCACUGCUAGAUUAAUAUUAAAGCGCUCACUUUUUGACUGCAGGUGAAACAGACUCAUUUUUAUGCUAGCCUGUGUUUGCUCCAUUGAUCUGCUGACCAGCCAUAUAUGUGUGUGCCUAUCUCUGUGUGUAUAAACAGCUUAGUCAUGUCGUCUAGCUCUCCUCAGCCUGCUUAGGUCACAGGUCGGCGUCUGUUUGUCGGGCUGAGCAACAUUUCCCGGAGGAAUUCAGGACAAUGCCACAUACUGGAAGUCUGCAUAUAUCACCUUAAACAAACAUACCCGCUGCAUACCUUUCUCCAACUAUUUACUGAAUUCCGAAUUGUUCAUUUAAUUCAGGGAUGUACAGCUCCUUACCAACAAGCCCUGCAAAAUAUCCGUUUAAACAGGGGCCAGGGUAAAUGUCUGUAAAUGUUUCACUACAUGUUUAGUUGAAAGCUGCAGCAUUCCCAGUCAAAGUAUGCAAAAGGUUACAGUUUGAUGUGCAACAGUUUGAUGCAAUCUGUGGUCUCACCCUGGGAGACUUUCACCCAGUUUAUGUUUAUCACCUCAGCAUGUUUAUGACAAUAAUGAAUGGACACCAGACAGAUGAGAAACACAAAAAAGUUAAAGUCUGUCACGCCAGCUGCUUUCUGUUGAAGCAAGAGAGUUUGUUUUUCACUGUAGGUUUUGGCCCUUCCUGUGAAUGGAGAAGUGUCUUUACUCAUGAUCAGUAUUGCAUUCUUGCAAAUCUGCAGGUCUUCCAAGGUAUUAUGCUCGGUACGGAUUUAAACUCUUGACCUGUCUUUAGUAGUUACAAGGAACCAGCAUAGUUCUUUACUCCAGGCUAUGUUGGAAUUGCCGUGAGGCAGAAAACAAACCCAUCCCAAACUGGCUGAGUGAGAGAGGGAAGUGAGUGAACAAGAGGAGGAGGGGGUUGUGGCCCUGCAAUAAAAAAAAUGAGGGGAGGAGUAGAUGAAUAAAGGACGGGCCUAAUGUUGUCUCUGAAAUUUUUAACACUGGAUUCUUAUCGUUCGGUUGAUCAUGUUGCACUGCCGCUGACGGGAUCGAGAGAGAGGCUGACACUUCAAAUAAUGGCUUAAUCCCUUAGUUGUAUUUUGGACUGCUCAACAGGCCAGAAGUCUCAGUGUAAAGAAAUGGCCUGUAUGGAGGUAGAGACACUCAGUGACUGCUGCACUCACUUCAGAGCAGUCCUGCAGUUGAGGCUUCAGCAAAGGCGAACCCGGGAGCAGCUGGUGGAGCAGGGCAUCAUGCCACCUCUGAAGAGCCCGGCAGCUUUCCAUGGGCAGAUUCGCAGUUUGGAGCGAGCGAGGACUGAGAAUUUUCUCAAGCACAAGAUCCGCAGUCGUCCAGAGAGAGCAGAGCUGGUCAGGAUGCACAUCCUGCAAGAGACUGGAGCGGAACCAUCACUUCAGGCCACCCAGAUGAGACUGAAGAGGGCCCGGCUGGCCGACAACCUGAACGAGAAGAUCGCCCAGAGACCCGGUCCCAUGGAGCUGGUGGAGAAAAACAUCCUGCCGGUGGAUUCCACCCUUAAACAGGCAAUAAUCGUGGGCCAGGUGAACUAUCCUAAGGUUCUGGAUGAAGACAGCUACGAUGCCCUGUCCCCGGAGCAGCCAGCCAGCCAGGAGUCCCAGAGUUCUGUCCCCUCUCCAGCAGAGAGCAAAGUGCCAGAGACGCCCUCUCCAGCCCCAGCAGCACCAGCACUACCCAGCCCCCUGCUGCAGGCAUUCCCAGUUGUUACACAAGCAACAACAGACUUUGUGAAAGUGAUCUCUACCAAUGAGCCGCCUGCCAGCCGCCCAGCUGUCACUCCUGCACAGCCAGUCACCACAGCUGCUCCUUCCAAACCAGGCCCAACACUGGUAAAACAAAGCCAGCAGAAGACGCCCUCAGAGAAGAGCCGCAGUAAGAAGGGCAAAGAGCCCAAACCCAGGGUGAAAAAGCUCAAGUACCACCAGUAUGUUCCCCCAGACCAGAAGCAGGAGGCCAGUGAAGCACCCAUGGACUCCUCUUAUGCCCGACUACUGCAGCAGCAGCAGCUGUUCCUCCAGCUGCAGAUCCUCAGCCAGCAACAACAGCACUACAACUACCAGACUAUAUUACCAGCACCACUCAAACCUGUGGCAGACGGUCAGAGCAGCAGCGCCAGCAGCCUGCCAACCUCCAUCAUGGUGUCCUUGCCCACUGCACCUCCACCUUCCACCGUGGCUGCGGCUCGCUCAAACAACUCGCUCUCUAACCGCAAGCCAGGAGUCUUGCCUGCCAACCUGGAGGAGAUGAAGGUGGCUGAGCUAAAACUGGAGCUAAAGCUGCGUGGCCUCCCCGUGUCAGGAACAAAGACUGAUCUGAUAGAAAGACUGAAGCCUUUCCAGGACAAUCCUAGCACCUCUGCUCCCAACACCGCUCCUGCUCCUGCCACCACCAUCAUCUCCUCCGUCCCCAUGGAGGUCACCAGCACCACUACCACCCCUGCUUUAGUCCUCCCAGUCCAGCAGGCGGCUUCAGAGAGCAUGAACCCAACACCGCCGGUCUCACCCAAUCCCACCGAUCCCUCCACCCACCACCAGGAUGUAGGCAUGUCUGAGGCUCCUGAAACACAAACGAUAAGCUCUGGCUGGGCGGGUCAGCGGUCCUCGCCUCUCCUGUCCUUCCAAGUCCCAGAGGAAAAGGACAGGAGGCUCCAUGAGAAGGAGCGACAGAUCGAAGAGUUGAUGAGGAAGCUGGAGCAGGAGCAGAGGCUGGUGGAGGUCCUGAAGAUGCAGCUGGAGGUGGAGAAGAGGGCCAGCACUUCCGACUCUGCCUCUGUGUCUCCCAAACUCACCUCUGUACCUGCAAUGAACCCUGUUCCCACUGUCCUGAGCUCAAAUGUAGUAAAAAUGGAGGGUACAGUCCUGUCUAACUGCUCAUCCACUACUGCUACAAUCCCUAACUCUAUCCUGGGCUCCCAGACUCUUUCCCCUCUGCCAACUGUGGUCAAGUUGGAGGAUGUGACUGUUUCCUCUGGCAAGCCGCUCCAGCUCCAGACCCAAACCCAGCUCCUCACCCAGAUCCAGCCCCAAGCCCAGUCCCAAGUAACCACCAGCCCGCAGCUACUCUCUCAGUCACAGAGAAGUCCCAAACUCCAGACCCAACCCCAGUCCCAACCCGCAGCCCCCAGCCUGCAGCAGUUCUUCAUCAGCCACACAGGUGGGGUGUCCCAGGUGCUGGGUCAGCCUCAGACCUUGUUAACCACAACUGGCCAGGCUGGAACUCAAAUCCUGCUCCCAGUCUCACUACCAAACAACGCCACUGCGAUCCAGCUGCCAAGCACCACUGUCAGCCUGCAGCCUGUUCUUCAGGCCACGGUCUCAAAUCCAGGCCUGGUGCAGGGCUCAGUUCCUCAGCUGCCAACCACUAAGAUGGAGACGGCACCCAGUCAGCAGUUAGCCACCAACCAGUUGCUACAGACUUUAACUAUGUGCAAUAACACCACUGGUUUGGAGAACCAGACUGGACCAGAGAUGAAUCCCCAGUGUUUCCUGAGAAGCUCCCCAGAGAACAGGGUCUCUCCCCGGGCUUCACCCAACCACAUCUCCAACGGACCCUUCAAUAAGUCUUCUUCUCCCCAGCCUGCCUUCAUCCUUCAGUCCACCUCGCUUAUUACUCAACCUCCCAAGACAAGAGAGCCUCCCCGCUACGAGGAGGCCGUCAAACAGAGCCGCAACUUGCACGCCAACCAUGUUUCACAGGUUCCCACGGCAACCAGCCAGCAAAUGGAUGACUUGUUCGACAUUCUCAUAGAAAGUGGAGAAAUCACUCCGUUUAUCCAGCAGGACCCUUCAGUGUCUGUCACAAAGACAGUCCCAGUCACAGCAAACAUCACCACCCUACCAGUCAACACUGCCCUCUCCAGGCCGCCUCCACAGAUCCAGUUGGCCCCUCCGCCCACCCUGAGCCCCAUCAUCGGCCAUAGCCUGCCCAGCCUCUCCUCACUGGCCACAGACAAUCAGCUGGAGGCCUUUCUGGAGGGCACGCUGGCCGAUACGACGACAGCGACAGACCCGCGCACACGGGGCUUGAUGGAGGAGCUGCAGGCCCAGCUGAUGGACCAGCAACCCUACUCACCCAUGGACACAUCAGACCUGUCCUUCUGCGAUUCCUCCUCGCCCCCUUCCUCGCUCAACAUGGGCCUGUCUGACCCGGGCCUGGACAAUAUGGAGUGGCUGGACCUCACCAUGCCUCCUGGUCCCGCCGGGGCCCUCACACCUCUGGGGAUCCCAACGGACUUCCUGGAUACACACGACCUGCAGCUGCACUGGGACUGACGGAGGGAUGGAUGAAAGAAAAAGAAAGAUUGAGUGAAGGGAGCUGAGCCUGGAGCGAGAGAUGGAUGGAUGGAUGGAUGAAGAGAAGAGAAGAAGAAAGGGGCCGACAGCCGACAGAGUUUGAACAUUUUAAAUAAGGAAGCAGAAGGAGGAGAAAACAUGGUAUUUCUGUGCCAUAUCACUCUUUCCAGUACAUCCAUACCAUCUGUAAUAUUCCCACUAACUACAGUAAGAAACGCUGUACAGGCAGUGCACUGAUUCAAGCUGAACUACGAGCAGGCGUUUGAACAGCUUUAAAACAAGGUCUGUUAUGGCUGAACCAGAGCCAGAAUAAGGUCAUCACCAAGGUGAUGGUGGUCACCUGUAGUAUUAGUGAUAAAGGGGUUUUAAACAGAGUAGACUUUUUCAGUGUCUGAUGUCAUGGUUUUAAUGGUCACUUACAGAGACGAGGAGACAGCCAAAUGAAUACUGGUAGCACAGACUGUUUGUAAAUACACUUUAAACCACACUAAUACAACUUCACUUUCUCUGGGACAGAGAGCCUGAAUAGUAUUGAUGAUAGUGAAAUUGACCGUUGUUGUUUAUACUGGAGGUUUGGCUGGUUGGCUUCCAGUGAACAUUGCAUCAAUUUUACUGUGCAAACACAGUAACCAAUGUUAAAUGGUUCAUAAAUACUUUUGCAUGUGGUCUGAUGUUCCACUGAAGUAUACUGUGCCAUACCAGGUUAUAAAAGCUGGUUGUUACUACACAUUAACUAUGUCACUAUAAAGGCAGUCCCGGUUAGCGGAUGAAAAAUGAAAUCUAGUUGUAAUUACGAAAUUUAUCAGCUUCUCACUAAAAAUGCAUCAGAGGCUUGUCCUGGGACAUGGGUUUGUCAGGAUGUCCGCACAGCCUCAGAUACUCUCCUGGGACAGACUCAGUCAGUGGAAGUGCUUUGACCGGAAGCGAGGCACGUUUUUAAAGGGAUUCACUAGCUGAGAGGAGGUCAAGCCUCUGUUCACACUGGUCUAGUCUACCACAUAGUGUAGAUUACAUGUUUGCUGACUAAUCUGAUACGUUGCAUCAGAGGUGACUGUUUCCUUCUAAAAGACCCCUGCGGUCAAGCUGAUGAACCAUUGACUAAAGAACAAAGACUGGACUUGGAGUUGGACGACGAGAGGAGCGAGCUCCUCCACCUACGUGAGAGCUAUGCACUAAAGAGGCGGGGAGAUUCGACAACGCGCCUCAUCUGCCUCGAACAAAGAAAAGGUGAACUUUGCAUAUCCGAGGCGAUCGUUAAUAUGAAGUGAUCAAUAUGGCUGGCGAUGGGCGUUAAGAUCCUGUGGCCAAAUGCUCCAGAGAUACUGCAGUUGUUGUCCAAGUAUCUUCUUUUGAAUGUAAUGAAAAGAUCAAAGAAAAAAAAAAAUAGGACUAAACUCACAAAGUUGGCAGCUUUUUUUCUCGUGAUAGUGAACUGGCGUAAAACAGUGGAAAGGGAACAAAUAUCAGUUCAUGACACACGCAGACACACACUUACGUAGGUGGGAACGCUGUGUGUGCUGCAGGUUGUGUCAAGGAGUAAAGAUGUCUUUGGAGAUGAGCUUUAUAUCUAGCUGUCCUACAGUAUCCCUGCACUUUGUCUCUGUGUGUGUGUGUGUGUGUGUCAAGGUGGGAAAUUACUGCUUCACUAGCCAACAAACAUGCUAGUUAAUAAUUCCCUGUAGCUGAUAUGUUAGUCUGCUUUAACAGCCUCUACAGUAAUAUUUGGCUGGUGAAACAGUCUAACUUGUGAUCGGCUGCUGUGACCUGCGGACAAAGUUGGUUUCCUCACCGAGGAGUGUGUGAGAGAGAGGCAAGAAAGCAUGUUGGUCUGUGUGUGUGUGUGUGUGUGUGUGUGUGGAUGGAUUUGUCUUCCUGUCUCUUGCAUGUACACCCUGGGUCCCUGUGUGCAUGAUUGUAUUCACGUUUAAUCUCGGGCAGUUUCGAGCUCUUUCUCAGACGUCGCCCGCAAGUUGUGUGAAGAAAUCUGCUAAUAUCUUUAAAAAAAAUCAUUUGCUAUCCAGUCGACAUAUUUAAAGGCUUCUGAUGACUGUUUACUGUUUUUAUCUGUAUUGUUCGGUUGGUGUCCUACAGUCAAAAAACGCACACACACCUUUGAGGUGUGAUACGCAGUGGGGCGUCGGCACAGAGGGCUUAUCUGCUUUAAAAGCCGUCAUAAAUUCUAGAUGUUUAUUUUUAAUGGAUUGCAUCAUAUCCCACUCAGUUUUUUUUUUUUUUUCUAACCUAAAUAUUGAGUUACUGAUUCAGUAUCUCAGUUUAAAGAUUCUUAUGGGAUAGAUACAGUCUUUACUGUAUGGCACUUUGAAAUUUUUUUAAAUCAGUCAUGUCCAGUGAAAUCUCAUUUCUAGAACAUUUUAACCACUUUAUUCUGUCAUUACGUCCAAGGGCACUAGAGGGCGUUGCCCCUCUUCUGUUGUGGCUUCACGGCACAUUUUCAGUGGCUGUUGGUACUUCAGGGUCAUUUCUAGCAGGAAACCAUUAAAUGGGGGUGUGUUUUUUGGGGGGGAUUUUUUUGCAUUUAAAACAAAUGUGUUUUUUCCUGUAUAAUGCUGAUUAGCUUUUCAUGUCAGCAAUAAUGUGGUGACCUGAGCAAAAACUGAUUGAGAGCCCUUUAUGUGAACACUGUCUGGUCAAAGAAGUGCGAUGCUCUUACCGCUGCACUCACACAUGUAUCAUCAGAUCAGGCCAAGACACAUGGAUGUGCCCAAAUCUAUUACGUUUGACCACCUUAAAAGAGUUUCGCCAAACACUGCACGGACCUGCUUCCUGGGCUUUGUCGUAUUUCAGUUUUUGUUUUUCAUGUUAACCCACCUGUUUAAGGCCCAGUCAGAGAUGGCCUCAUUCUAUUGGUCACCUCUGGUUGGUGCACCUUUUGGUUGAGUCGCGUCGGGGGUUUGUAGACCCCAGUAUACCUGCUUGCGGGUCUAGUUGUAUUUCUGUUUUGUUUUCCCACAUUGUUGCAACCUACAUAGGAUGAACAGUCACUAGUUGAUUCAUGUGUAUCCUAGAAGAGAGAGUUAAUAGUGUUUUCUUUCUCAACUCUGUCAGCUUUAAGGCUAUCAAAUUAGAUAUUUUGUUGCCAAAAGGGCAGUGGAACAUAUUAUCACAUUUUGUUAAUGUUUCUCACAUUUUUUGUAUUUAUCACUUUUCUUUUUUUAGCGUGGAAAGUAAAAGAAAAAAACAUUUAAUCUUGUUUUCAUGCUUAUGUAAAAACAUUGUAAAAGAUUGAGUGUGUAUAUUUUUGGUUUGCAGAGUUUCAUUUUGUUUUUAUUUUAUUUUAUUUUUCAUAUCGGACAUACACAAACCUCUUGGCUGCAGCAAAUCUACACAUGUAUGUGAUUCACACUCGAUGUGAACCAUUGUGGUCGCUGACUGGCCAGACAGGGACAGCUAAAAGCAAUAAUGGCUGCUCUCCCUUGAUAUACUGUACUGUAUGUCAGAUCCUGCCUUGAUUUUAUUAAUGUAACAGCUUUUACAGAGUAAUACAGUUUAACAGUUCAAAAGCACUUGCGUCUGAGUGGUUGAACAGAGGUCUCUUGAUGUUGGAGGUCUGUGGAAGCACCAUCAGUCUGAAGAGCACACUAAAGGUUUCUGGAACGUUCCUGUGAGCUUCUUCACUUGCGUAGUUGGAGUUAACAGGCGUCGGCUCAGGCUUCCCCGUAUUGACUUCAGCUCUCUCACUUGUCCUCCUUCACCUGCGCCAUUCAUCAAGACACAGUUUCAUUAAAAUACACUUACUUAGGCGACAUUACUGGAAGCACAGAGGAGGUUUCUCAACCCUCAUCAGCUGACUUACAUCCUCCAUCGUAGCAGAGUCUCCUCUCCAUGCCCACCACCCAUGCCAUGCCUCUUGUUGUUUGUAUGCCAUAUGUUUUGCACAUUGUGUACAUAUUUAUAUAGAUGUAAUGCAUAUUUUUAUACAUGUGUAACAUCCAUGGGUUCUCUAUUUUGUAAAUACUCAAAAAGAUGUAUAUAAGUACUGUAUGCC